GGGGACACCGGGACCGGGGACACCGGGGCCCAGUGCCUUCCCAUAUUGUGGAGGAUCCCGAGCCGUGCCAGCCGCAGGAAAAUCAAGGUACGGGGGGAUUUUAUGCACCAGGAAUUGAGGAAAAUCAAGCCAUGGAUCCGGGCGCUUCCAGCACCUCCGUGGCCGAUCCUGCCGGGGACUGCGAGCGGAACGUGCCCAGGGUCUGCGGGGUCUGCGGGGACAGAGCCACCGGCUUCCACUUCAACGCCAUGACCUGCGAGGGCUGCAAGGGCUUCUUCAGGAGGAGCAUGAAGAGGAAGGCCAUGUUCACCUGUCCCUUCAGCGGGGACUGCCACAUCACCAAGGACAACCGGCGGCACUGCCAGGCCUGCCGGCUCAAGCGCUGCCUGGACAUCGGCAUGAUGAAGGAGUUCAUCCUUACGGACGAGGAGGUGCAGAGGAAGCGGGAGAUGAUCCUGAAGAGGAAGGAGGAGGAAGCGCUGAGGGAAAGCCUCAAGCCCAAACUCUCAGAGGAGCAGCAGAAAGUCAUCGACAUCCUGCUCGAGGCCCACCGCAAAACCUACGACCCCACCUACGCUGACUUCACCAAAUUUCGGCCCCCCGUGAGGAGCCACCCCAGCAGCAGAGGGGCCACAAAAUCCUCGUCCCUCCUCACCCAGGACCUGUCCUCGGAGGAUUCCUCGGAUCUCUUCAGCUCUGAGGCCUUCAGCACAUUCCCAGACCCCGCGGAGCCGCCGCCGUUCCCGGGCCUGGCGCUGCCGGAGGAGCAGGACGAGAGCUCCUCGGUCAACCUGGAGUUCUCGCAGCUCUCCAUGCUCCCACACCUGGCUGACUUGGUCAGCUACAGCAUCCAGAAGGUGAUCGGCUUCGCCAAGAUGAUCCCGGGGUUCAGGGAGCUGUCUGUGGAGGACCAGAUCGUGCUGCUCAAGUGCAGCGCCAUGGAGGUGAUCAUGCUGCGCUCCAACGAGUCCUUCACCCUCGAGGACAUGUCCUGGACCUGCGGCAGCAGCGACUUCAAGUACAGGGUCAGCGAUGUCACCCAGGCCGGGCACAGCAUGGACCUGCUGGAGCCGCUGGUGAAAUUCCAGGUGGGGCUGAAGAAGCUGAACCUGCACGAGGAGGAGCAUGUGCUGCUCAUGGCCAUCUGCAUCCUGUCCCCAGACCGGCCGGGCGUGCGGGAGCCGCUGCGGGUGGAGGCGCUGCAGGAGCGGCUCUCGGAGGUGCUGCAGAGCUACAUCCGCGCCCGGCACGCCGCGCCCGGCGGCCGCCUGCUCUACGCCAAGAUGAUCCAGAAGCUGGCGGAUCUUCGCAGCCUGAACGAGGAGCACUCGCGGCAGUACCGCUGCCUGUCCUUCCAGCCCCAGCACAGCAUGCAGCUCACGCCGCUGCUGCUCGAGGUGUUCGGCAACGAGAUCUCCUGAGAGCCUGCCCCGGGGCCGGGCCGGCUGUACCGGGAUGGGCCGGGCUGCUUGUACCGGGAGGAGCCGGGCUGGCUGUACCGGGAGGAGCCGGGCCGGCUGUACCGGGAUGGGCCGGGCCGGCUGUACCGGGAUGGGCCGGGCUGCUUGUACCGGGAGGAGCCGGGCUGGCUGUACCGGGAGGAGCCGGGCCGGCUGUACCGGGGGGAGCCGGGCCGGCUGUACCGGGAUGAGCCCGGGCAGGGGUGGGGGUCUGGCAGGCAGCUGGCGCAGCCCUCCGCCGAUGUUUUGCCUCGAAUCCCUUCUUUUCCUGAUGGCGUGGAAGGGGAAGUGCCCGGAGGUGAGCCCCGGGUGCUGCUGCGGGUGCUGUGCUCUGCUCCCCCCGAAGUCCCGCAGCGCCCGUGGGCUCUGACACCCCAAAUCCCGGCCAGGAGGGGCCACGGGCGGUGUGCCCGCAGCUCCAGCGCAGCCCCUGUGCUGCUGCCGCCGCACCGGCCGAGCCGAGAAAGCCCCGGGAGGGGACGUGGUGGCCUGGACCCUCAACGGGAAGAGCAGGACGAGCUUUGUUUGCACUCCCUGGGAAUGGGGGAGCAGGGGCAGCUCCAGGGGACACCCCCACUUUGGAGCUGCACCCUUCUGCGGGAUGGGGUGAUGACUCCUGGGAUGGGACAGGGACCCCAGUCCCAGCUUGGCUUCCUCCCCCUGCCAUGUCCUGGAGGCGGCUCCAGGCCUGAGAAACCCUGGGAAGGGGGAUUUGGGAGCUGGGGGGCUCCAGACCCCCGGGAAGAGCCAUCACAGCCCCCCCGGGCCAUGAGCAAUGGUCAGAGGGUCCCCAGCGUCCGGAGGGUGCCCGGCUCCGGCCAAUAAACUCCUGCUUGGGCAAACCAACUCGGCGCCAGGCUCGUGUGUCCAUCCCUGGGUCCCGGGGCUGGGCGGGACCGUGUCUGUCUGUCCCGGCGGUGUCCGUAUGUCCGUCCAUCCAUCCAUCCAUCCAUCCAUCCAUCCAUCCAUCCAUCCAUCCAUCCAUCCAUCCAUCCAUCCAUCCAUCCAUGCCUCCCUGUGUGUCCAUCCCUGUGUCCCCGGGGGCUGUCCACGGCCGUGUCUGUCUGUCCGGCGGUGUCCGUGUGUCCCUGUCCCUCUGUCCCGAUCCCGCCCCGCGUGUCCCCAUUCCGGGCCGCCAGAGGGCGCUCGCCACACCA